AUGGAAGUUGAACAGGGAACGUUAAUUGAUGUUUUGAAUGAAAAUGGAUGUUAUGAAAUAGAAUAUUGUGAAAAGAAUAGAAUUGAAGGAAUUAUAGAACAAAUAAAAGGAAUAAUUAAUUUUUGGAAAAAUAAUUCAAUUUUAUUAAUUGGAGGCUCUUAUUUAUUUGAAGGUUAUUCUCAAAAAUCAGAUAUAGAUUGUGUUAUAUUAAUACCUUAUAAUCCAGAAGUAAUUAAUUGGGAAACUAUUAUUUUUCAAGAAUUUUUUGGCCAAUCAGAAUGCAACAUGGAAACAAGAAAAUGUGAAGGAUGGUCACUUUAUUGUAUUUUUUGUUGGGAUUCCUCAACAGAAUCAUUAUCAAAAAUUAAAUCAAAUGUUUUUCUAAUAAAAUUGUUCUUCUCUGGAUUGGAAUUUGAUUUAAAUAUAGUUACACUUCCCUGGAAUGAAAAAAUAAAUAAUUUAAUACCUAAAUAUGGACAUUUAAAUAUUAAUAUAAUUGAUAAUAUAAUUGAACGUUUUUUAAAAGAAAUUGGGGUUAAUAGGUUAAUGGCAAAUAAAUGGGCUGAUAGAAGAAAGGGAAUGUUACUUGUACUUUCUGGUUAUCGAGCAAAUGUACAAAUAAUUAAUUUAUUGGGACAUUCUACAACAAUUUUCCGUUUAGUACUUAUGACAAUGAAAUUUUGGUUUCAAAAUCAUUCCAUAUAUGGAGGGAAAUUUGGUUUUAUAAAUGGCACAACUCUUGCUAUUUUAAUUUGUAAUAUUAUUCUUGAAAAUCCUCACAAUAAUUCCAUUAUCAAAAUAUUUAAAGAGUUUAUGAGAGCAUAUUCACAAAUAAACUUCCCACAAAUUAAUUUAAAUAAAACAAUAAUAAAACAAAAAUGGAUAACAGAAUUUGAUGAAAGAAUUAUUUGGAAUUUUGAAAAAGAAAUUUCUGAUAGAAAAGAACAUUUUAGAUUAAAUUUAAAUCCAGAAAUGGAAAGACAUACAAAAAUUAUUUGGGCAGUAAUUACUCCUUCAUUUCCCGAACAAAAUGCUGCUUUUAAUAUAAAUCAGUCUACAGCUACAAUUAUUAGACAUGAAUUAAUUGAAGGUAGUGGGGGGGGGGGGGGGGGGCGGGGUUUGGAAAGGAUUAAAAAUAAAUUAUUAAAUAUAUAUUUCAUUUCAAAAUUUAAAUAA